GAAGCGCUGCAGCUUUACAGUCUCCUCCGUGAUCCCUGCUAACCAUUUCUAUAUCAUAUUGUGACAGGAUUGUUUAGAAAUAUACAGUAAAAUCUUAUGGAUGUAAAAGUGACCCUGGAGCCGCUGCUCGGCGCGGGUGUGCGAGGGGAGUCACUCCGCGCCGCUGCAGAAAUCAUGAGAAAUCUUUAAUAAAGCCUGCGCUGUAAAGGAGCCGUGGCUAUGGAAACCAGGAUGUAUCUGAGCACUACAGUCAGAGCCGCUGUUAUGGAGAAUUGAUCAGCAACACCAGUUUGUGUGUUGAUCAACUGGGUGAGGAGAUGCAGACGGAGGUGUGCAGCGCUUCAGAUGGCAGGACAUCGAUCUCGACGGGACACGUCACUCCUGUGGACCGCCACAGGAACGGAGAGCUCUGGGAGAAAGUUCUGAAAGAGGAAGAAACGGGUGAAGAUCAGGAUGAAGAUCACUUCUAUAGUGGAACCUCCAGCUGUGUGGAUGAUGGAGACGAUCGUCAGGAUGGAGAACUCCACAUCCUUAUUAAAGAAGAGAAACCUAAACACGACGACUUUCUCUACUGUGAAGUUUGCAGAUCUUUCUUCAUCAGUAAGUGUGAGGUUCACGGUCCAGCUCUCUUCAUCCCUGAUGUUGCGGUUCCACUAGGAGCCGCUGACCGAGCCAGACAAACCCUUCCUCCAGGCCUGGAGAUUCGGAAGUCCAGUAUUCCUGAAGCGGGCCUGGGAGUGUUUAACAAUGGCGACACUAUUCCAGCGGGUGUGCACUUCGGGCCGUACCAGGGAGACACUGUGGACCGAGAGAAAGCCAUGAACAGCGCCUACUCCUGGGUGGUACACAAAAGUGAACAGUGUGAAAAAUACAUUGAUGCCACAUCAGAGAUGCAUUCUAACUGGAUGAGGUAUGUGAAUUGCGCUCGAAAUGAUGACGAGCAAAAUCUGGUGGCAUUUCAGUUUCAAGGUGGGAUUCUGUACCGCUCCAGUCGACCUAUCGAACCCGGACAGGAGUUGUUGCUAUGGUACGAAGAGGAGUUCACUAAAGAUCACCUCGGCCUCACCUUCAACUACAUCUGGAACAGAAAGUGCUCCCUUAAUGGUAUGAACGCAGUCCUUCGAGUUUUUUCCUGCUCCGCGUGUCCACUUUCUUACACAUCCAAAAUUUAUCUCCACAAACACAUCAAGAGAUGCCACCACGAGGAGUACGUCCGACUUCUGAAAUCAGGAGAGAUUAAAUACGAGAGCCUGGUGGCCUCGAAAAACUCCAAGAAAUCCACAGCAAUAUCUGUUUGUAGUUCUGGUGCUGACGCUCCUCGCCCACAAACGCAGAAAGAUCCGCUCCGGUGCACGGAAUGUGGAAAGAUUUUUAUCCAGCGUAAACAUCUAAAAGUGCACCAGCGUGUUCACACGGGUGAGAAGCCGUAUCAGUGCUCGCAGUGCGGGAAGAGUUUCACGCAGCAGAGCAGUCUCCAGCUCCACCAGCGCCUUCACACUCGAGAGAAUCUGUGUCAGUGCUCGCAGUGCGGGAAGAGUUUUACUCAGCAGAUUCAUCUCCAGGCACACCAGCGCAUUCACACGGGAGAGAAGCCGCAUCAGUGCUCGCAGUGCGGGAAGAGUUUCAGUGAGAAAGGCAGUCUCAGGCGACACCAGAACAUUCACACCGGUGAGAAACCCUACCACUGCUUACAGUGCGGGAAGAGUUUCAGCGAAUUAGGGACGCUCACACGACACCAGCGUGUUCACACGGGUGAGAAACCGUACCAUUGCUCACACUGUGGAAAGAGUUUUAGCGAAAGAGGAAAUCUCCGGACACACCAGCGUAUCCACACGGAGGAGAAGCUGCAUCACUGCGCACAGUGUGGGAGGAGUUUCACACACCAGAGUACUCUGCAACACCACCAGCGCAUUCACACUGGAGAGAAACCCUAUUACUGCUCUGUGUGCGGAAAAAGUUUUAGCCAACAGGGCAAUUUCCAAAAACACCAGCGCAUUCACACGGGAGAAAAACCAUACCACUGCUUACACUGUGGGAGGACCUUUAUCCAAGAGAGUCACCUCCAACUCCACCAGCGCGCUCACGCUGGAGAACAGACAGAUCACUUCUCCGAGCACGAUUUCCAUUGACAGUGAAGACCAGGAUCUAACACAAGAUCAAAAUUCCACACAUCGAAUGCGACCAUGCUUCUGAUAUGAUUACAGGUGCAGGGGGUUGCAUUUAGAUAAACACUCCAUGUUAAAGUAGAAAAUGUAGGAGAAGACCUCUGUGAGACGGAAAGGGAGGAUUAGUCAGAGAAACAACCAAGAGCCAAGGGGAACUCUCAACAUGAUGCUUUUACAACAAUUCCUCUCAGGGCUUACACAAAACGUCGAUCAUGAUGCCAUGACCAGACAGUUCAAUAAUGUCCAGAUUUUUUUUCGUUUCAUUUUAUUUGUAUAGCGUUUUUAACUAUGGUCAUUGUUGCAAAGCAGCUUUACAGAAUCCCAAAAAAAAUGCAAUGAAAUGAAAUGUAAGAAAAUGUGUAUAAAUCAGAAUUGUCCGAUUUUUCCUGUUGAGCAAGCCGAAUGCAACGGUGUCAAGGAAAAACUCCCUGAGAUAGCAAUAGGAAGAAACCUUAAGAGGAACCAACAGACUCAACAGGGAACCCAUCCUCAUUUUGGUGAUAACCGAUAGCAGGGGUUGACAAUAAAUAUAAUAAAAGUAACAACGACGAACUUGACUGCAUAUUAAAUUAAGGACAAUCUUUGUUCUACUUAACAUUUGAUGUCUUUAAGUAAAAUGAAGUCGGGUUCAUUAUUGAAGGCUCAGGUAGAAAGCUGUAGGAAAUUCCUUAGAGAACAGCUCUCUGCAUCAGCCAAGCCAGGACUGCCUUCAUGGUAACGUGGAACCAUCCCCAGAUGGAGUCAGACAGGUCCAGAGGACAGAGGGGAUCUGGAUCACUGGCAGCUCUGGAGGGACAUGUGUAGUGAGAGAGAGACAGAGAGGGAGAGGUACAUUAGGUAUGGUCACAUAAUGUAUAAGGUGAAGUGUAUUUAGUGUGGAGUGCAAGCAGGGACUCCGGCAGGACUAACUAUGACAGCAUAACUAAAAGGGAGAGUCAGAAGGAAACACAGACAUGUGGGGGUACUGGGAUGUAAAGUAACCAAUCACUCCACUGUCAACAAACCUGAGUGAUCAAUGAGAGUGGGGAAAACAGCAUCUAAACGUACCAGUUCAUCAUAAUACUCUACGUCCAUGAGUCCCCCAGAUCUGCUUCUUUAUCCAAGGCAAAUCUAUUUACAAAGAUGCUUGGCUAAAUAAAUAGGUUUUCAGCCUGGACUUAAACACUGAGACUGUGCCUGAGUCCGGAACAAUAAUUGGAAGACUAUUCCAUAACUCUGGGGCUUUGUAAGGAAAAGCUCUGCCCCCUGCUGUAGUGUGUCUUUGAAGACUGUGCUAAGCGCUCGGGUCGCGCUGAAGUGUUCAGGCCAUGCUGAAUGUUCGCUUCGGGCUGAAGUGUUCGGAACGUGUGGUGUUUAGGCCGUGUUGAGUUUUGUGGUGUUUUGGUGAUCUGAGUUUUGAAUCUCUCCUUUAGUGUUCUCCUGCUCCUCUGUGUUGUAUCUCUGAUGAUUCCCCUCUUUAACUGGAUGUUCAUCUCAAGACAACUUAACUAUACCCAGCUUGACUCCUUUUUACAUAUUAUCUCACUUCUGAUGGAAACCAGAAACAAUUUAGGGGUGAAUACCAUGGAAUCACAAUGUAAGGCUUUUUUUUUUUGUAAAAUUCCAAAGCUAGUAAACCCUGAUCACCUGUACACUGAGAAUAGAAAGAUGUUGCAGAGUGUAAAAUACAGAGGUAUGUACAGAGAGACAGUAAGAUCUUUAGGUUAGGGUUACGGUGCGUUUCAUGUGAUUAGUAAGAAUCAGGUGACCCCAGCACAUGGCCAGGUAACAGUCACACCUGAGUAAUGAUUAUUUCUGUUAGCUCUUAUUCUCUGAUCUUAUGUGUGAUGCAUUCAGUCUUAAUCUAAAAGUGCUGCACUUUGUCAUUG